AUGUCUUCUGGUGGCAAGUCUGGCGGAAAGGCCGGCGGCGACUCGUCGGUAAUCGUCUCCGCCCUCCCUCACGGCACACUCGCUGCCAUGUUCGCUCUCCCCAAAGCGCGCAAACUCGAGAUUGCGAUCGGUAUCUCGACGGCCUUCUUCGUGGUCGAGAUCGUCGUCGGCUUUCGCCAGAACUCGCUCGUCCUCAUUGCCGACGCCUUCCACGUCGUAAGCGACCUCGUCGGCUUCGUCGUCGCCCUCAUCGCCUUCCGUCUCGCCGACCGCAAACACGGCGUCCCUGCCAACUACUCGUUCGGUUUCCAGCGUGCCCCCGUCACAGGCGCCUUCUUCAAUGGCGCCUUUCUUGCCGCUCUGGGCUUCUCAAUCGUCUUGCAGGCCAUCGAGCGGCUGAUCAAGCCAGAAGAAGUGACGGAACCGCUUCUCGUCCUGAUUGUCGGUGCGGUGGGACUUGGGUUGAACAUCCUAUCGGCUCUCGUCGUCCACGACCACGGCGGACACGGCCACUCGCACGGCGGCUCGACCUCCUCGCACGGCAGCCACACUCACUCGCCUGUCGCGGGAGACGAAGGCCAACCCAGCUCGACAGGCGAUAUUGAGCUGAGCAGCCUGCCCGACAAACAUGCGGAUCACCAACACACGAAAUUGCAAGAAGUUUUCGAAAAGAAGAGCUACGACCUCGGCUUGCUCGGCGCGAUGGUCCACCUCUUCGGCGACGCCAUCAACAACCUAUUCGUCAUCAUCGCCGCCGCGGUGAUCUGGAAGACCGGCUUCUCACGCAUGGACGGCAUCGCUUCCCUCCUUGUCGGGAUCAGCAUCCUCGCAACGAGCAUUCCGCUCAUGUGGCGGAGCGCGAGGUUGCUGCUCGAAGCGGCGCCGGAGGAGAUGUCCCUCGCUGGUAUCGAGGAGGACAUCGCGGCUUUGCCGGGCGUCAAGGCAGUCCACGAGAUUCACAUCUUCUCCCUCACCCAAACCAAGCACAUCGCCUCGCUUCACGUCUCGGUCAACUUCUCCUCCCUCCACGACUUCACGCACGUCGCCCGCUCAAUCCGCGAGUGCCUGCACGCAUGGGGCAUUCACGGCGGCGUCUCGAUCCAGCCAGAACUCGUCGCCGACGAUGUACAGUCGGUCGUGCUCGGGACAGCGGAGGAAACGGCGGCGGGAAUCAGGCAGAGGUGUCAGAUUCCGUGUGCGAAGGCUAGCUGCGACGAGAACGCCUGUUGCUAG